CUCUCUCUCCCCCCCGCCCAUCCCCCCCUCCGGUCUUCUCUUGCUAAUUAUAUUUAGGGUUUUGGAAUCAUCUGAAUCUCGGCUGUUCGAUCUCGAUUCGGCAGAAGAAAAAGUCCCAGCGUUUUCGGAAUCCGCUCUCUCUGUCCGUGUAGAGAUCAAGAUCAAUUCAAUUCGCCAGAACCAGGCUGUCAAUAUUCGGGUCUCUGUUGAACACAUAUGGCAAGCACGGCAUGCUUUAUAAUCGUCAGCAGGAAUGACAUUCCUAUAUAUGAAGCUGAAGUGGGAUCUGCACCUAAAAAGGAAGAAGCAGCUCACCAGCACCAAUUUAUUUUACAUGCAGCAUUAGAUAUUGUUCAGGACCUUGCAUGGACAACAAGUGCCAUGUUUUUGAAAGCAGUGGAGAGGUUCAAUGAUCUGGUGGUAUCUGUGUAUGUUACUGCAGGUCACACUAGAUUGAUGCUGCUUCACGAUUCUCGUAAUGAGGAUGGGAUAAAAAGUUUCUUCCAAGAGGUUCAUGAACUAUAUAUAAAGAUACUUCUGAAUCCGCUCUACUUGUCUGGAUCUCGCAUCACAUCCUCUCACUUUGAUACCAAAGUUAGAGCUCUUGCAAGAAAAUAUCUGUAGUGGCAGGCAUCCUCCAUCGAGGACAAUGGAAGGGUUGGCACAGUCAAUCUGCUGCUCGUUUUGAUAUGGAUGACAACUCGACUACUCAAUUGUUGAUCUAUAUUUUUUGUGUAAUUUUUCUUCGUCAAUGAACUUUAGAGAUUGCUAAUUGGCAAGCCGACCGGGUAUUUUCUGUGAUGAUACAGUCAUUGCUCGGGGAGCCUGGCUACGUCUUGGAAGUCAUCUCAAGAAAUGAGUUUACAACUUAAAACAUGUUAUGGAGUUUCCAAAUGGUAGUGGUUCUGUACUGGUCCAACAGCUGUUUAGCUGAAUGGGCGUGAAAUUAAGACUGAUGCUUAUGCUAAUCUUUCAAGUAGGCCCAUAACCUCGUUGUUUGGUUUGUGUGGCUAUCCAAAAGGAAGUACUGGAGCCAUGGAAAAGGCUGGAUGAGUUUGUGCUAUUUAACUUUCUGGUUCUUAUUCUGAUAA